AUGAUUUCACUUCAACCUUUAUCACGUACAUGUCGCAUCAUUGGAAAAUCUGCUCUGAAGAAUUCUUCAUUCAUGACAACACACAAAUCGGAAUUCUGUCUCUCACAGAUUAGUAUACUACCCAACAACAGCAACAAGAACAUCAAGCGUUCCUUCUCUCAGGACUAUCGGAGCAAACCAUUAUUUUCUCAUUCCGAGAAGAAUUUACGAGUUCCAAUGUCCUCCAUCGGAGCCAUCUCAUCAUCCUCACAAACAGCAGCAUCUCCUUCAUCAGCACAACAAAAAGUAGUGGUCAUAUUACCACAAGACGAUAGAGGUGAUUUCAUGCUCCUCCGAGAUGCCUCUGGUCAUUGCUCUCUUCCGAAAAUUACCAUUCCUUCUCAAUCUUCUUCUCCUGUUGAUAUUUAUCAAGAAAUUCAAAAUGUGCUUUUACAACAAUUUGGCUACGGAUAUGAUCGAGUCAAGGCAGAAGCACAAGCGAAAAAAUCAGAAUUUGAUUCUCGUACAGUCAUACGGCCACUCAUUGAUUUUGAUUUUACUCAUGGAAAUGUAGCGGUUUCAAAUUUUGUCUAUCAUGCUCAAUUACUUGAGAAAGUACAAACGGUGCCGUAUGAAAAUAUGAAAGGUAAAGUGAUACAUUAUAUGGCCAUGACUGAAUUUGAAAAAGAAGUAGUGGAUCCAGAGUUAGUGAGAGAUCUUGUGAGUCGAUAUGUGUUGUCCUUUGUCGUUUCUCAGCAGAUACAACAAUCCAUCGAUACAAAGAUAGCUACCACUAGACUCAUGUAUGGCGGUUUUGGUGUUGUUGUUGGCGUCAUCUUGUCCUUGACCUUUUUUGGAAAAUUUUAA